CUAACGUCUCUAACUCCAAACGCACCGUUUUGUUUAAUCACGGCCACCACCAUGGCUUCACUCCUCCACCACAUUAUGAUUUCACUCUUCAUCGCCCUUAGUUUUCCUUUCGUCCACGGCUGCCAUCCGUCAGAACGGGAAGCUCUCUUAGCUUUCAAAGCUGCACUCAACGAGCCUUAUUUAGGCAUCUUCAAUACAUGGACGGGCAACGACUGUUGCCACAACUGGUACGGCAUCAGUUGUGACAUCGAAUCUUACCGGGUUGCUGAUAUUAACCUUCGUGGCGAGUCAGAGGAUCCAAUAGUUGAACGAGCUCACAGAACCGGCUACAUGACUGGCUAUAUCUCACCGGCGAUAUGUAAACUGAAGCGCCUCUCGAGUUUGACCAUCGCCGACUGGAAGGGGAUCACCGGCGAAAUCCCUCGUUGCCUCACUUCGCUUCCUUUUCUUCGCAUUAUCGAUUUGAUGGGAAACAAGUUAUCGGGCGAGAUUCCGGAGGAUAUCGGACGGCUUCAUAGCCUUACCGUUUUAAAUAUUGCUGAUAAUUAUAUAACGGGAAGAAUUCCUGAAUCUUUGACUAAUCUUUCUAGCUUAAUGCAUCUUGAUUUAAGUAACAACCAUAUUUCCGGUCUCAUUCCCCGAGAUAUCGGGCGGCUUCCCAUGUUGAGUCGAGCUUUGCUGUCUCGGAAUCAGAUAUCCGGUACGAUCCCAGAAUCCAUUUCAAAAAUUUAUCGUCUCGCUGAUUUGGACUUAUCCAUGAACCAGAUAUCGGGGCAAAUACUGGCUUCUUUAGGUAAUAUGGCGGUUCUAGCGACAUUGAAUCUUGAUUUUAACAAACUUUCGGGUGCCAUACCGGCGAGUUUGUUGACUUCAGCUAUUAGCACCCUAAAUUUGAGUAAGAACUCGCUUGAAGGAAAAAUACCGGAUGUUUUCGGGCUAAGAUCGUAUUUUACAGCUCUUGAUUUAGCGUUUAAUAAUCUGAGAGGGCCGAUACCGAAAUCGAUAUCGCAAGCGUCGUAUAUCGGCCAUUUAGAUUUGAGUCACAACCAUCUUUGUGGAAGGAUACCGGACGGUUCACCGUUUGAUCAUCUUGAAGCUUCUCAGUUUGCUUAUAACGAUUGCCUCUGUGGGAAGCCCCUUAAAGCUUGUUAAGAUAAUGUAUCGGCCGAGAUGGGAUUUAGUUUUUCCGGUCUGAUUUCGAGAUAUCGUGAAUAUAUGAUGUUUGUUGUACUACUUUGUAACAGUAAACAAGUACCGUAUUUAUGUUUAUUCAAUAAUUUUGUAAUAAAUUAGAAAUUAUUUUUAAGAUUGGUGUAAAAAUAUUGUUGAAUUACUGCAAAACUAUGGUUUUAUAA